CUAGCUCAGGGGGGGGCACGGUUUUGAAAUCCAUUCUCGUCCUUUUCACCGCUUCGUUCUUUGAAGGCGGCCGCAAUUCCCGCGACGGGGCCGCACCUGCUUAUCUACGAGCUGCAUGGGACACAUCUCAGGAGCCUGUCGCAUAUCCCGAGCAGCCAUGUGGCAGGCCUCGCUCAAGCUGCCGGACGACUCUGGCGGCAGGGGCUACCGUGGGGUGCCCGUGCGCUACAUCACGGGCGCUUCUUGCUCGCUCAUCUUUUGUCUUUGCAGUGCUCGCAGACAUUCAAGCUCGCGGGCCCCAUGGUGCACAGAUGCAGGGUCAGCUACCUCAGGAUGAGCUUCACGGCGCCGUGCAGUCGUGACGGACAAUCGCAUUAUCAGCUGCACCCCCAAGGCGGUGUUCAACAGGAUGGUGCCAAGUAUUUGCACGGCAGAUUGCAGAGUGGUUUCACGCCUGUGUUCAUAAGCCUGCUGGUGUUCUGCCAAGCCAGGGUGUUCUUCAAUCUCCCGGGCGGCACCGCAGUGCGACCCGCAGCAACGACAUCGAGCAUUCCGCCGAUACCACGAACGCCAGCUACAAUAAGGACGACUUCUACUCCACGGAGCCGGACACCACCGACGACGAGGCCACCGACGUCAAGUCGCUGCCGCCAUACGCCAGGGAGUGCCACGGAACCCCAUGUCGGCUUGCAUUAUGGUGCACGCUUUUGCUUUCAUAAGCCUAGUAUUGUUCAGCUGCACAAGUGUGUUCUGCAGUCUCCGCAGCAGCUCUGCGGCCGCCCCGCAGCAGCUCUGCGGCCGCCCCGCAGCAAUGUCAUCGAUAACACCCUCGAUACAACAGCUCCAGCGAGGACUCGACGGGGUCGGGCUCUGCCUACGCCGAGCCCAGGUCUUCGACCUCAACAUGCUGCCGCUUCACAGCAACGAUUGCGCCGCCCAGCCGCAUGGCGAAGAGCAUUGUGGUGCACAUGCGUGUGUUCAUACGCCUCGUGGUGAGCGCCAGGGUGUUCUGCAGUUGCCAGGAGAGAACCGCGGUCAGACCAGCAGCGACGUCGUCGAGGGUACCUCCAAUACCAAGUGCGAGGACACCAACGAGGACGCCUUCUCUUCCACGGCUUUGGAUGCUGCCUUCAAGGGGCCCGUCGACUUCAACUUGUUGCCACCCUUUUACCAGAAAUGGCUUGGGCAGAGAGUCUCGUUCACCAUCCUCGCGGGCCUCACGAACCAGAGCUACAACGGGAAGGGAGGCGCGGCGCUAGGCCCAACUCCUGACAGCCAGCGAGUCAUGGUCAAGCUUGCAGAGACUAACCAGGUUAUCAACGUGAAGCUGGCCAACAGGAAGAAAUAUCUCUCCAGCGCCAGUUGGGACCGUUGCUCGACACGUUACGCGUUCAUCGACCUGCAAGACAUCCCGCGCUGUAAGUGCUCUUCAUCCUGUGUGCGGCAGCAGUGCAGUCUGAAUGCCAGAUUACAUGUCCACCCUUCCUCUUCCUCUUCCUCCUCCUCCUCCUCCUCAUCCUUCCCAUUGUCUUAUGGCCUGCGCUGUGUGCCAUGUUGGGGGUCUGCUGGUGGCGGAAGUGGCAAUUGGGUUUCGUUGCCCCGCGGGAGGCCGAACGUGAACCCUAACGCUACCCAGCUGGAGCCCAGCCUCUCCCUUGGCCGAUGCUCCAGCGUUGGCCUGAGGUCGACG